UCAGAGAUAGAAGGCCAGUGGGCGGCAGGGAGGAGGAAGGAGGCAGAGAAUUAAUUAGCCUAUGGGUUAAAUCACACUUAACACGGGAGUCCAAGUUACAGGCUCCAUUCUGGACAUGGCUGUGAGUGAACCCAGUGAGCAGAGAGAAAACCAUGUUGCUAGAAAGCUGUGGAUGUAGCAGGGGCCAGAAAAAUCCAGAGCAGUUCUUGGGAAUCUACAUCACAGGGGUCUGAGGGUCCAGAAGAAGGAAAUUCUCGACUGAUCAUAAAGUACAAUCCCUGACAUCCCUGGAUUGCCUCCAGGCUUCCCAAGCACCUGUCUUUUUUAUCCUGCAGGGCAACUGCUCUAACUGCAUUUUAACCCAGGAAGAAACUGAGGCUCCAAGCAACCUGACCCACCAGGUCAGCUUAGCAAGUCCAGGGCUGGGGCUAGAAUUUAGGUCUACCAACUUCUCAUCCAAAGAUCUUGUGACUAUUACCUUGAUCCAACAAAUAUUUGCUGGGAACCCACUUAUUUAAUAAUUAUAACAGCAUCUUUCCGUUGCUUUUUUAAGCUUACCAGGGGACCCAGGGGCUAAGUAUUUUAGGUACAUCAAUUCUUUUAUGCUCCAGGAAAGUCUCCCAAUUUGAGCUCAGGUUGCCUAGAUUGUUUUAGGAAAGAGGGAGAUGAACAGAACAAUCAGACAUUGACCCCAGAUGGAUAUAAGACUGCGGGUUUAGGGGGAAAACCACACAUGCAAAGGCUGAUUUUCAGGUGGUUCGUGGAUUCAGUUUAGUCGUUUAUAGUGCACUUCGAGUAGGUCCCCAACGGAAAUUCGAGCCGGAUCAAGCAAUAGUGGAAUCGAGGCUGUAGAGGUGAGAUUGAAUCAUCCUAAAUUCUGGUCCUGCUGUGCGUAAUAGACUGCAAAGACAAAAAACGAAAUUUAAAAAGCCGAUGGCAAAGCGCACAAGUAAAGUCAAACGACGCAAAGAAAAAAAAAUACGGAAAUCGAUCAGAAUUCCCCUGCAAGAAAGGAGUCCCUUCGGGAGGUCAGCGCGGCGGGUGGAGGAGGCGCCGAUCGGAAGGGGAGCCUCGGCUACCCGGGCGCACAGGCCAGUCGGGCGAGGAGGAGGGAGGGACUCUCCUAGUCACUGGCGCUCGAUAAUCUCGACCAACUGAGACCUUGAGAGAAUUUUUUCGGUGGGCGCCCUGAACGCCCCGAAAUUUUGCCAGGAUAUUGCAUUGUGUGUGCGUGUAUUUGUUUUCCUCAAAGGAAUCCCGGAAUCUUAAAAAACUUCGCUUUAGAGAUUCAGGUUCCACUUGAGGUGCUCCUGACCAUCCCUGCUCCCUACCCCACCCAGGAUCCCGGCAAUGCUAACCGCUGUCUGCGGCUCUCUGGGCAGCCAGCACACGGACGCGCCUCACGCCUCCCCACCGCGCCUCGACCUGCAGCCUCUCCAAACAUACCAGGGCCACACGAGCCCGGAGGCCGGGGACUACCCCUCCCCGCUGCAGCCUGGAGAGCUGCAGAGCCUCCCGCUGGGCCCUGAGGUGGACUUCUCGCAGGGCUAUGAGCUGCCGGGGGCCUCCUCUCGGGUGACCUGCGAGGACCUGGAAAGCGACAGUCCCUUGGCCCCGGGACCCUUUUCCAAGCUCCUGCAGCCGGACAUGUCACACCAUUACGAAUCGUGGUUCCGGCCAACUCACCCCGGCGCCGAGGAUGGCUCGUGGUGGGACCUGCAUCCGAGCACCAGCUGGAUGGACCUCCCCCACACUCAGGGCGCGCUGACCUCACCCGGCCACCCCGGGGCGCUUCAGGCCGGCUUGGGGGGCUAUGUCGGAGACCACCAGCUCUGCGCGCCGCCGCCCCACCCACACCCGCACCACCUCCUCCCGGCCGCCGGAGGGCAGCACCUCCUGGGGCCUCCCGACGGGGCCAAGGCCUUGGAAGCGGCCGCGCCGGAGUCCCAGGGCCUGGAUUCCAGUCUGGACGGAGCCGCCCGGCCCAAAGGCUCCCGGCGGUCAGUGCCGCGCAGCUCGGGCCAGACCGUGUGCCGCUGCCCCAACUGCCUGGAGGCGGAGCGACUGGGGGCUCCGUGCGGGCCCGACGGGGGCAAGAAGAAGCAUUUGCACAACUGCCACAUCCCGGGCUGCGGGAAGGCCUACGCCAAGACGUCGCACCUGAAGGCGCACCUGCGCUGGCACAGCGGCGACCGUCCCUUCGUGUGCAACUGGCUCUUCUGCGGCAAGCGCUUCACGCGCUCCGACGAGCUGCAGCGCCACCUCCAGACCCACACGGGCACCAAGAAGUUCCCCUGUGCGGUCUGCAGCCGCGUCUUCAUGCGCAGCGACCACCUGGCCAAGCACAUGAAAACCCACGAGGGCGCCAAAGAGGAGGCGGCAGGGGCGGCCCCAGGCGAGGGCAAGGCCGGCGGAGCGGUGGAACCCCCCGGGGGCAAAGGCAAGCGGGAGGCGGAGGGCAGCGCGGCUCCCUCCAACUGAGCCCCUCCGGUACCGCUCCCCCCACGCUGGUCUCCCUUGGCGGCGCGAGAGGAGAUGUCCCCCUGGGCUGAUCGAUGCCCGUGGGGGGCGCCUUGUGUACGGGGAGGAGGUGGUUAUUUAUUGAGGGGGAGAAGAAGGGGUGCGGGGUCAGGGAGACGGGGCGCUAGGGGUUCUUUUAGUCUCUGGGGCUGGACCAGACGUGUUUGACUGGCUGGGCUGGGAGGAGCGGAGCAAAAGCCUCUCUGUCCUCCCCUUCCUCACUACUUCACUCCUGUGCCUCUGCUGGGGGAUUGGGGUGGGGUCCCCCUGCCGCGGCUGGAGUGGAGGGCGGAGGGGACCUGCUGGGAGAGACGGCGCGUCCCCGGAGCAGAGAGGAGUGGGGCCGCCGCGGGCGCUGGGGGUAGCUGCCUGGACACGUCCUCAGCGCCUGGGAACCGGGACAUAAAAGCGCCUCUGGACCCGCCCUGCGGCCCAGGUCCCUUUCAUCCCCCCUUAUAGUGCUUCUAUCCCCAUGGUUUCCCCAGGGAAAGCCAAGGUGGAGUGGGGGAGACAGGGGUCCCCCUUCGGGAGGGGUCUCUAUCUGGUUGGGAGGGUUGUUGCUGUAGAAAUAAAUCCUUUGAUGUGCCUCCUGAUUAACCCUUCCAAACCCACUCUGAUGGAGCCAUGAAGGAAGAAGGGGAAGAGGCCAGAACCGCAGACAGCUUCCCAGCCAGAGCGGUGGGGUGGAGAGAGCUAGACUGGGGGGAGGAGCACAAAAAGGCCCCUUCUAAAAUGAGAGAAAUAGAUUUGGUGGGAACUAACUAAUGGAAGGAACUAACCCCUUACCUCUCUAACUCGGAUUCAGUCCUUAAUAACUCAUGGUUUUUUUGUUUUUUUUUUUUGAAAAAUAAAGUUCAGUAUAGUUCCCACUCCCCACCUGCUACUUGAUCUAGGUUUUCAAGGCAACCAGAAACCCCAGCCCCCACUCUAGCAUUGAUGUAGUUCCUCGUCCUGGGUCCCCUCAAUCAUUUGCCGUUCCCGUAGGGACAGAAGGAAAAGGGUUACCUUGGUUGUCUGGGAAGUAGGUGGGGUGUCCCAGUGGAGGGACAUCCAGUGGUCCCCACUCAGAGUGGAGGACUCUGCCCCUGCCCAGCCAUCUUCUGUUCACUGAGAAGCUAAGGCUCACCCUUCCUUUUCUCUACCUUCUCCUUUCUCUAUUGCCCUGCAAGCCUUGCCCCUCCUGUAGGGUGUGUGUUAGGGGGCUCCUUUCUCUCCAUCUCAAUUCCGGCCAGGGGGACUCCCCUUUCAUAUGAAGGAGGUGUUCUCCCACUGGAAGGGGUCUGCCUUCUGAGGUGAUGUCCAGAAAGCUAUCCCUGUCCCCUCCUUUAGAUGCUAGAAAUACAUCCUGGUUGUGAUCUUGGAGUGGGGGCUGGGGAAAGCCUAGCAGGGGUGGGGCCAGGCAAAGGGAAGGAAGCAGAUAGGGGUAAGGAUCUGGAACUGGUAGCCUUUUCCAGGCUAGAGGUAGAGGCUGUAAGAUUGUCUCUGACCUCCCCUGAUCCCUUGCCCCUCUUUCUCCACCCAGAGCCCUAUGUGAGGAUUAGUUGUGUAUUGAUUUUUAAGUUAUAAGCAAAAGGUAUUUUAUUUAAUAUUAGGGCAUGUGUGUGUGCAUGUUGUUUGUACCUGUAUGUGUGUAUGUGUGUGUGUAUGUGUGUUUCUCUACUGAGCCUGGGGUCUCCAGCUGGAGAGACCCCACCUUGUUCACCUGUCCAAGGUCCUAGGACUUAGGCCCACAGUGUCUCUUUCUCCCUUGGGGAUGCUGGAGCCCAGUCCCAGGACUGGGAGCUAAAAGGGAAGUAGGUUUGGGGUCUGGGUAGGAAUAUGCAUUUGUGUAGAAGGGAGCCCUUCUUAAAAGGGACAGGGUGACUCUCCCUGAGAGACUCAUGGGCCUGGGGUAGUUUAAGAAAUUAUGUUCUUUCUUUUUGCUCCCUCUUUACCCUACCUCUUGCUACCCCAACCAGAGGUCCCUUUCCUUGCUGAGAGGGUUGGGGACAGGAGAGAGUUGGCAGUGCCUGCAGGUUGCCGGGCCAGGUGGGGGGGGGGGGGAGAGGGAGGACACUAUGGGUGUAGGAUGCCUUUCUCCACCCAUCGAAACCAGCCACCCCCUCCCUGUGCCACCAGGACAGCCCUCCCCAGUGACCAUUCUAAAGGGAACUCCAGAAUGGGUGUUGGGGCUGGGGGGGUACUGGUGUUGCCCCUGUGGAGGACUUGAGCUCUCAGGAUGCAGGUGAGGGCUUUGGAUGGGUUUUCUUCUGCUCCCCCCCUUUAUAGAUCUAGGUUGCUUGGCUGUCUGCCCCCUUCUAGGCAGCCCCCUAGAGGAGAAAUGUAGGAUUUUUUCCUUUAACUGCUGUGAACCCACUUUGGGGGGUGAGGAGGAGGAAGAAACAGCCUGUUUUUUAUGCCAUAAUAAAGUCAUCAACCACA